CUGCAAUCAUUAUAUAAGUUCAGUGGAAAAUGCGGUUUGUUCACUUCACAACCAAACUUGAUUCAAACACAUCGAAAAAGCAAAAAAGGAAAAUCUUUAUUAAGAUUACGUGUUCAAAAUUUUAAUAGAAAAAAUCAUUAUGAAUACUGCCUGUUUGGUGCUUUUUGCAUCGGCUAUUUUGUGUUCAAGUUGUUUGUGUCGUCCCCUGAAAGAGGGCAGUUACGAUGGGUAUAAAAAGCAUUUUGAGCGUGUACGCCAGUUUAAGUGCGGUACUCCUCAACCUCGAUUGGUGAAUUCUCAAUCAAUUUUAAAUGAGACAAAUGUACAAGUACUUCCAAAGUUUACAGUCCUUCAUCAAUGCGAAUGUACAGGAGUUUGCGAUCUACCCGGCUAUAGCUGCAGAGCAACGGACGAAGAUCCUGUGACAUUGCAUUUUAAAGUUGGAAACAAAUUUCUCAUCGUACAGGCUCUUAAUGCAAAAGCAUGUGGUUGUAAUAAAGUUUAAAAAAAGGAUAAAAUAAUCCUACUAAUUGUAAAUAAUUGUUUUUUUAUUUAGUCGAGUAGUUAUUUAUUAUUAUUUAUUUUGUUUAUUUAUUAUUAAAAUAGUAUAGGUACAUAUUUGUUAUUUGUUAAAUACAUAUAUAUUUUGUUUUAUUUAAUUUGUUUUAUUGUCGUCCCAAAAACGAAUGUUCAUGUUCUAUAGGGGCGCCUUUUUCUACGAAGUUCAAUUUUUUAAAAUAAUAAACGCGAUAAGCAUAAGGGACACUUUUUUUAAG